GACACAACUCCAGAGCACGUCUUGGCGAACUGACAACUUCGCCGUUUUAGAAGGCGACUGAUAUUACUAAUUGUUCUGACGCAUACUGCGCAUUCACUGCGAACAUUUGUGCUCGGAAUGGCGGCCGCGCGGCACCGACAACAAUUUUGCGUUAACGAACCUCCGUUUACGAUCCUAAUUCUCGCGCUCAUUGCGGCUUGCUACUUCGCACCUGCAUCCUCGCGACUACAAAAUAUUUCGCCCUCCAACGGCGCAUCUCCAAAAAACCCUAUUGAUACCGUCGCAGACUACGGAUCACCCGCCGGCGGCAGGAAAGCCGGACCACUGUCUGACCUGGUUGCUCGGAAAGCGCGAGCCGUGCAAACGAGGCGGCGCGCGCUCGUGCUUCUCCGCGAGUUGCGGUCGCUCAACGACAGCAUCGCCGGCGCCAACGAGAAGAUUCGGGAAGCGUUGGCCGCGCGGGAAAAGCUCAAGGUGACGUCAGCGCGAAUGGAGGAACAGCGGAAAGUCAUCGACGAGCUUUCCGCCAUAAUCGAGAAAACCGCGACGCGGAUGUACGAGCAGCGCGACGCUGAGUCGGAGGAAGCUCGGCUGUCGCUGGUGACAGCGGGCGAGGCGAAGGUCGCCGCAGAACGACUGGUUGGGAGAGUCGCACGGAGGGUUAUGCGACUGCGCGAUAAAGCGGAGUCGUACAGCAUCGCGGUGACGUGUCGCGACGAGGUGGUGAAAGCCUUCGAGCAGCGGCUUCCGCAGGUGAUAGAAGCGGAAAAGAAAGCCGAAGAGGCGUUGCGAAAUUACUCCGCAGCGUGGAAAGAGGCAAUGAAGUCGUUUCCGGAACGCGACGUCCUCAGAAUCGUCGAAUCGUCUUCCUCAACGGGGCGAGAGAGCACGCCAUCGGCAUUCAAACUAGGUUCAGUCGCGGAUCGCCAGACCAGACAAGCCACGAAUCGUAAAGUGCCACUGAUGAGCAACAUAGACGAUCCUUAUCUGGCAGAAAUUGACGAAUCUCAUGGCGGAACCAUGGAGCUUGAAGGAGAGCCUGAAGCCGACUCAGGGUUUAGAGAGAAGCAGCAGAAGUUAAUGGACUCUCGGGUAGCGGUGGAAGAGGUAGCAGCAGCAGAUGCAGAGGAGGCCGUGGUUCGGGGAUUACUCGGCAGCCUCCGAGCCGACAUCGAGGCUUGGAAAUCUUCCAUAGCUGAGGUUCGGGCUUCAGAGGAUCUGCAGAAGCUCAAGAGAUUGCGGCAAGAGCAGGAGAAUGCGGAGGGAGACGCACAGUUUGCUGAUUUCCAGGUGAAGGAAUCAGAGAAGGACCUGCAGCAGGCGAGGGCUCUGGUGGCAGAAACAAUGGAGAUGGUAGAGGAACAAAAGAGGAUCUUGCAAGAAGCGGAGCAAGCGCUGGCUCAAGCCAUGGCCGUUGAAUCCGAAAGUCAUACAUUGAGAGCACGGAUGCAGCGAGAGGAGGCAGAACUGGUUAAGGUUCAAGCGGAGAGAGUGGCCUCAGCAAUGGGGAGGAAGAUGAAGCGCGCUGAGUUGCUGGUUGUGGAACGAACACAAGCGUUGCGUGAUGCACAGAUGGAAAGGGAAAAGGCAGCAAAGAAGGUUGCUGAACUCGAAGCCAGUGUGAAGGAGCUGGGAGAGCAAUAUGGUAGGGCUGAGUUGACUGCUAAGGAGGCUGUUAGCCUAAUUAAGCUGCUGAAGCCCAUAGUGGCCGCAAAGCAUUCUGAAGCACACACAGCCAGGCGAGCAUGGGGUAAGUUCUUAAGCCUAGAAAAUGUGUUAAGAUAUCGAUAGAAGCAGAAGAGCACACGAUGAUGCUCAAUCUUUUCAUG